AUGGUGGUAUCUACGAAGUCUAAUAGUCGCUGGUUAUUUGUGGUUAUUUGCCUUCACGUUCUCAUUGCUGCUUGCUUUGUGAAGUUUUAUUACUUAUCAGAAAUUCAGCUAAAAGAGCGUGAAUACUACCGAAGGUCCUUCGAAGUACAGCACAAAUUCGAUGGCCUCAGGAGAGAUGGGUUGGAUAUUGGGAUCCCAAAGAUCAGCAGCAAUUCAUACAUAGAGGUUUAUCCAGUGUUAGAUAGCAAUUCUGACGAUGAGGUCCCAUAUAUGAAAGAAAAUGCGACAUUAUUAAUGUUAUGUCGUAAUUGGGAGCUCACUGGGGUGCUAAAAUCUAUGAGGUCUCUAGAAGACCGGUUCAAUCACAAGUACAAUUAUGACUGGGUGUUUUUAAAUGAGGUACCCUUUGAUGAAGAGUUUAUAGAGGCCACAACGACGAUGGCUAGUGGUAAAACGCAUUAUGGACUUAUCCCAACCAAGGACUGGUAUAUGCCUGAAUGGAUUGACGACACACGCUUUGAAGAAGCUCUUCAUAACCUAACAGAAAACAAUGUUAUAUAUGGGGGUUCGCGGUCUUACAGAAAUAUGUGUCGGUUUAAUUCUGGGUUCUUCUUCAGGCAGUCCAUCUUGGAUAACUAUGACUACUACUUUAGGGUUGAGCCUAAUGUGCAGUACCUGUGUGAUUUUGCUUAUGAUCCAUUCAGAUACAUGAGAACAAGGAGAAAGAAGUAUGGAUUCGUCAUUACACUUUAUGAGUAUGAGGAGACGAUUCCGACGUUGUGGGAUACAGUUCAGGAAUUUAUACAGAAGAACCCGGACUUGAUAGAUUAUACAAAGAAUGCAUACCAGUUUAUCGCAAAUGGAGAGGAAUCACAUGAUAGAUCUAAAGAUACCUAUAGUUUGUGCCACUUCUGGUCCAAUUUUGAGAUUGCCGACCUGAACUUCUUCAGAAGCGAGGCGUACACACGUUACUUUGACUACUUAGAUAAAAAAGGCGGCUUCUAUUAUGAGAGGUGGGGCGAUGCGCCAGUACAUUCAAUUGCAGCUGCCCUCCUCUUGGAGGCUAAUGAAAUCCAUCACUUUGAGGACAUUGGAUACUUCCAUAACCCAUACGGGACCGGUCCGGCCCCACAUGUAAGCGCUUUGCUACAGCGGUGUAUAUUUGAUUGGGGUGAGGAGGAAAUGAGGGCAGACCUAUCCCCCGGUAGCUGUCUGCAGCGAUGGUGGCUCACGGGUGCCGGAAAAUCAUUCAUGGUAUAG